GCCUGGAUAGCUAGGAUUUCAAAUAAGCGAGGGUAAACAGUGAUUUUUAUACAACUGCGCGACAUUUUACUUGCUAGUUUGGGUAACAAUCUUAUUUUCUGAGGUUUGAGAAUAGUGCAAAGUUCGCUUUGGUAUCUUAAUGAACAAGUCCUAAUGUUAGCUAACGUUACUUACUGAUAGCAAACACACCAAACAAAACCCACUAACUAGCAAGCUAGGUGUUGUUGUUUUAGCUAAAUAUAGCUAGCGAAAUUUGACUUUGCUGCAUACUCGAAAUAUCCUCUCAAUGACCGACGACUGGAAAGGACUGUUUGAGAGAGGACGGGUGAUUCCUCCACACAGCCAGACUGUUCGACUGGCACAGGACUCAUCCCACACCCAUUCUCAAGGCUUCCAAAUCAUCCUGAAGCAUCUUGAUGGACCUCACAUUCAACAGGAGAAGAAGGAAGGGGAGUCAGAAGGGAAUCGAAAGAGGGAACCAGUCAAGUACCAGCUGAGUGUUUCCCUGUUUGAUACCAGCCACCAGCACUUCUUCGGGAGAACGUUGAAGAGCUCACCCCAACAGAUGAGUGGUGUCCACAGGGCAUUGUUUAAUGAGGUGGUGUACCUCCACACCUCUCUGCGUCUGCCAAGCGUGGUGGCCGUGGUGGAGCUGGUGGCGUUACAGCCCAGGGCAGACGGCUCCCAGCAUGCACUGGGGUGUGGCUUUGCCAUCCUGCACCUCUUCUCCAGCAUGACAGAACCUCAGGCCACCGAGGGGGACAGAAGGCUAAGUAUGUACCACGGAACACCAAGGACCCUACUCCAUCCACUAGUGAGGGACCCUAUAGAGCAGAACAAGCUGUUGAGGCCCAUCGAUGGUGCUCAUUUGGUGUGCAGCUUGAAGCCUCACCCUGCUCUAGCCCCUGCCAUGCACCUCUUCCCCCAGAACAUGCUGGUGUCUGGAGAUGAGAACAUCCCUGGGGUUACGCCCUCCCCUACAGGAGAUUCCCUGUUGAAGCCCCACAUGGUGAAGAGCCUCACCUGCUUCCUGGACAGGCUGUCCAUCUCUCUGCAUCCCUCCCUGGAGAAGUUUGAGAGCCAGCUGCUGCAGCAUGUCAGCACGGACUGCCACAACACGAAACACUCGGGUCCGGAGAGCUCACCGGUGGUGGUCAUCCAGGAGCGGAGGCUCCACGUGGGGGUCCACAACGGCUGGGGCUUCUUGGAGCGCCCCCAGGUGGUGGUGCUGGAGACAACCGAGGCCACCGAUUGGAGCAAGGGACAUACCAAAGGGGGCACGUCCCGACAGGGCACACUGACCAGAGACUGCAGCUCCAGUCCUAGUCAGAGCCUGGCUCUACGUAGCAGUCUGGAGCUCAAGCUGCCCAGUCACCAGGCUGUGGGGAUCGCCCUCCAGCUUGAGUAUGUCUUCUCCUCGUCGCUCAUUGGUGACGGAAAGCUCUCCUCGACCUCCACAAUCUCCCGGACAGCCUUCAUGCAGUGCCUGCGCUGGGGGGUGUGGUGCCCCUUCCAGGAGUGGGGUGCCCUGAGGGCCAAAGAAGUGAAGCUUAGUCUGCAGGGCGGCUCUACGCCCAACCCCUAUGGAAUCAUGGCCUAUACCUCUUCCUCUAACAGCCAAAGUCCUGCCCAGGUGGUCGAUGAGAGGGACAUGGUCAGGUUCCGUCUGUCUUCCAGCUCAGUGCAGAAGGCCUCGUCCAGCACAGCCGUGUCUCCGAGGAGGAGCAGGGAAGGACAGCAGAGGAAACCUCCCUCACCAGGUCAAAGUCGGCGUGCCUCUCAAGCAUCUCCUCCGGGAUCGCCACAAGGCCCAGGGCUCUCUAUGUCUCAGCUGGCAGCUACUUCACGCUACCCGACCAUGAGCCACUCCACUGCCGUGUCGCCAUGGCAACAGCCGUUUUCCUCUCAGCUCUAUCCUUCCCCAUUGGCAUCGGCCCACCAGCUGUCACAUGUCGAGCUCCCAGCUGCCAGCAACAUCACCCACCUUGAGGUGGACCUAAACGUGUCCCCUAGGGACCACCUCCCUGCAUACCAAUCUGCCGCGCUGGCCAACGAAGGCCACCUGGAGCUCCAAGAGCUGCCGUUCACCCCCAUCCAUGCCCCCAUCAUCACCAUGGGAACACAUGCUGCGCCCAGCUCUUCCUUUGUGAGUUCCAGGAGCUCCCUGGCCCACCUCUACUCAGCCGGCUUCCCCAACAUCACAGACCCCAGUGGGCUGGUGGCUGAAGUGCAGGACCCGACAGAACCAGUCAACUUUGAUCCCCAGAGAGAGGAGGCGGAUCCCCUGCAGGGCAAUGUGCUCCUGCUGCAGUUUCUGGCAUUUUCCAGGAUACCACAGCAAGGGGGGAGCAGCAACUGGCCAGACUCUGUUCAUUUCACCUUCCAGCUCUACCGCUUCCCACCAGUGACCACACAGCGCCUGAAACUACUGGGCAUCGACAAGCUGCCGAAGAAAUCCAGCGAGACGCCACCCUGUGUCCUGGCCGUCAUUAACAAUGAUGGAACAGUCAACUCUGGCUCCCCGGGGCUCCAGCUGCAGUUCCGUGUGGACGGGGCAUUCUUGCAGCCGGGUGAGAGACGCUGGUUCCUGCGCUACCUGGCCCUGCACACUCUGCAGGUGGAUGUGUGGGACAGCCAAUCCCUCCUGCUUAUCGGCUCCACAGCCCUGGGGCUCAAGCAUAUGUUGCGGCAGGGCCGUCCAGCUGUACAGGCCACUCAUGAGCUGGAGGUCAUCACCACAGAGUACAUGGGUGAAGGUGUGCCGGUGAGCCUGCACCGGGCCCCCAACCCGAUCAGUGUCUUCACCACCAUCAAAGGUCGGCUCCAUCUGCGCCUGGGCAACGUGGGAUGUCCUGUAGACCAGAACAAACCCAACAAGCCCCAGUGUCUUCCUCCGUCACGCUCCCACAUCAUCUCACCGCCGGAUGCCACAAGUGGCUUCACCGGGGGCAGCUUGUCCUCCAAGAGCAUCCAACGACUCAGCGUGCGUAACGCAGCGCGGGCCCAGAGGCUGGUGGAGCUGGACGGGGACCUGGUGCCGUUGCUCCAGAGCCAUAUGAAGGAGGGCGGUGGGACGCCCUGCACUAACACCCCCUGGUGGGGCGAGACCGACGACGUACGCCAGCGCAAACUCAAUCGCAUGGUGGCCGUGCGGCAGCACGAGGGGGGACAAGAUGGCACCGGCAGCGAGGUCAAGACGAAGGUCACGGGCCGCCGAGCAGAGCGUGCCCAGUUGGCGCGGGACCUGCGCCUGAUGCAUGCCUACAGGGAACGCAGUAAGGCAGAAGGGAUCACCCACAUCCUGAGCCAGGCCAUCACCAUACACCACACCAUCUACGCCACGCUGGGCACCGCCGAGUACCUGGAGUACGUCCUCCGCAACCCCUUCAACACCCCACAGACUGUCACCAUCUAUAGCGAAGACCCCGAGCUCAGUGUCAUAACGGACUGUGACGAGUGGAGGUAUUUCAAGACACUGACCAAAACCUUAACCCCCCUGGAGGAGGGCAUGUUCCACCUCAAAGAGGGCACGCUUGCCCCCCAGGUGUACCUGCGGCCCAAGGAGAGUGUGCACGUCCCCCUCAAAUACCAGACCUUCGUCUCAGACAACUCUGUGGUUCCCCAGGGGCCGAGUCUCAUACCCAGUGGCAGAAGUACUCAGGUGGCCAAGAAACAUCUGUCCAAUACUGUGCUGGCCAAGUCAAUCAAGGUGACAUUCAGGGCAGAGGAUGGUAAGCCGCUGGCCAUCUGCCAGGUGAGCGUGGAGCCCACGCCUCACGUCAUUGACCAGACAUUCCGCUUCUACCAGCCAGAGUUGUCCUUUCUGAAGAAGGCCCUGCGCCUUUCCUCCUGGGAGAGAACGCCAGUUGGAGACACAGAUGCUGGGUCUCAGAUCUCAGUGCGCUGCAGUGACCCCAACGUCAUCUGUGAAACAAAGAUGUUGGCACAAGGGGAGCCUCAAGAUGUGUAUUUAAAAGUGCCGGGCAGUCCGAGCCCGCAAAUCCGAAAGUUCUUCGUCACAGUGUUCACUGAUAAGUGGCUGGCGGUGCCCGCCCAAGUCUGGCAAGUAUAUGUGCACUUCCUGCAACGAGUGGAUAUCAGCUGUGUGACUGGCCAGCGGACCUGUCAAUCACUGCUGAUACGGGGCACCCAAGCCACCCGGAAGGUCCGGUGUUACACCUCGCACCCACAGGAGCUCAAGGUGGACCCAGCGGAGGUGUUUGUCCUCCUCCCGGGUGUGGUACAGGACCUGCAGCUGUGUGUGUGUCCGUUGCAGGCGGGCAGCCGCUUCUGCUACCUCACCGUGGUGGACGUGGAGCAACACACGCUGGUGUCCUGCUGGCUCCUCAGCCUCACCUGUCGCCUGCCCAUCCUCUCCAAGGCUUUUGAAAUGUGUGCACCUGUGGGAGGGGGUCGGGGGAGCACACGGAAGAUCACUUACACCAACCCCUACCCCACCAGCCGUGUCCUCCUGCUACGGUCAGACCACCCUGACCUGCUCCAGUUUAAAGAGGACAGUUUUGAGAUUGGGGGAGGGGAGACCUACCGCAUCGGGCUGCGGUUCGCUCCCAGCCAAAGUCCUGGUGCUCAGGAGAUCCUCAUCUACAUCAACAACCAGGAGGAGACCACGGAGGAGACCUUCUGUGUGAAAGUGAAAUACACCUGAACACACGGCAACUCAACGCAGUACUGUACACAUCAACUACUACCGUACAGAACAAUGCUGUUUGCUAAGAAAGACAGCUUAACAAUGUUCUAUAUUUCUAUAUAUAUAUAUAUUGUUACACGAUGGCUUGAUGCAUAUGAAUGACUGUAGAAUAUUUAGUAUAGAUGAGUUACUUUAUAACUGAAAGGUCCGGGACAUAUGACUGUAGGCUAAUUGAAAUAUUAUUACAUAUAAACAACUGUAUAAUUCAAACAUGCAGUCUAGAUUAAGUACUCUAUAACUGAAAGGCUUACUACACAUGACUAUAUUUUUGAUAGACAAUCUUUUCCUUGUAUAUGUUAAAGUUGAAGUGAUGCUUCAGUGCGACUGUGUUGAUUGAGUUAAGUAAGAUAUUUAUGUCGAGGAAUACAUGUAUGAGGAAAAACAACUUUAUAAUGCACAGUGUGAUGUGAUGGAAAGCCAUGCUGUUGUGUUUGCUUAGCAUUCCACCUAAAUAGGUCAUGUUUCAAGAAUCAAACGCAAAUACAGUAUAGGAUGCCAAAAGAAAAGCUCCUAAAGAGAGAGCCUGUUAUCUCUUGCAGCAGCCAGAGGUAAACACACACCCAAUAGUUCACGAAUCAUAUUCAGGGUCAGAUAUGUCUUUAUUUGGGUGGUGAUGUACUGUACGUAAUCUGUUCUAACAUCAGAAGACCCCCAGACAUUUACUUUUUCUUUCUAUAAUGUUUGUCAUUUAGCAGACACUCUUAUCCAGAGCGAUUUACAGUAGUGAGUGGAAACAUUUUCAUUUGUACUGGUCCCCCAUGGGAAUCGAACCCACAACCCUGGCGUUGCAAGUGCCAUGCUCUACAGUUGUUAUUUACGACCCCGCCCCCCUUUCCCCGACAAGGCUUGCGUUUCUCCAGAUAGCUCUUAUUAGCAAGGGCAGCACCCCUCUUCUUCUUCCUCUCUCUCUUUCACUGUCUCUCUCCUUUUCCACAUGCCUCCCUUUCCCUAUCAGAGCCCAGGUCCUGCACAUUCUGUCAACAACCCCCGUCUUAUAUAAGCAUACCGCCUCGUUACACAACCUCGCUCUCUCUUCCUCAUUAGAAUGCAGGCUGCCAAAAGCCAGUACUGCUUGUACUCAGAAGAGGAGGAGAAAGGAGAAAAAAGCGAUUAAAUUGAAGAUACAAAAUGGGAAGUUAACAUUGCUUCAAAUAUUUACGGGGCUGGAGGGCUGUCCAUUUCUUAUUCUCCUUUUAUAAAAAAUUUAAAAAUGUAAUAGCUAUUCUAAGACUUCUCACGUAGACAGUGUAAUUAAUAUAAUAUCCAGCCUCCUUCCUUAGGCUUAGGACCAUCUACCACCACUAUCCUUUAGUUCAUUUUCACAUUUUCCACCCUCUAAGGCUUUAACUGGCACCCUUUUCCCUAUAUAGUGUAAUCUUAAUAUAGUACUUGGUACAUGAUAUUGGGAAUGGAGUGCUAAUUCGGAAAGAGACAUUUUUUUAAUGAAAUCAUGAAUAUCAAUAUCACUUUGUUUCUCCCCCAUGAGGGCACUGCUAUACUGAACCUCAUUAGCUUCUGGUCCAGUAGUUGUCUGUUCCUCUUGUCAGAACACUGACACCUGCAUUCAGCAAGGUCAGCGCAUCUGUGCUUUCCAAGCAAUUCUCAAGUAUACUGUUGAGCUGUAGCUAGCAAAGUGGUCUCUCUCCCCAUCCCUCUCCUCCCCUAUCCCCCUCCUCUCUCCUCUGAAUGACGUUUGAGCUUUGACCUCAAAUUGGAUGAGGAACUCUUCAAUAUCUAGUGCUUCUACGGAGAUUGGAUGCAUGUUUGACUGCUUUCUGUGUACUUCAGAUUGUGCUACAUUUUUGUGCCCAUGAUUUUUGUAUUUUAUUUUGGUUAAUGUAUUUAUACUUUUGAUAAUCUACUUGAUAAUCCUGUAAUACACUUUAUAUUGUUUCAAA